CUGGCUGUUUGAGCUUGUAGAGUCAUCUUCGUCGGUUGGUCCCAGUUCCCCCUCAGCGUUUUCAGGGCCAGCCUACCUCGACCCUUUGCGCCAUGACCACUACCACCACCUUCAAGGGUGUGGUCCCUAACAGCAGCUCCCAGGUUUUGCGGCCUCCAGGUGGUGGGCCCAUUUUUUCAUUAGGCUUUGAUGAGCCAACAGAACAGCCUGUGAGGAAGAACAAGAUGGCUUCUAACAUGUUUGGGACACCUGAAGAAAACCCCCCAUCUUGGGCCAAGUCAGCAGGUGCCAAGUCUAGUGGUGGCAGGGAAGAUUCGGAGUGGCCUGGAACACAGAGAAGUAACUCUUCUGAAGCAAGCUCUGGAGAUUUCUUAGACCUCAAGGGAGGAGGUGAUAUGCGUGAAAAUGUGGACAUAGACUUCCAAGCCAACCUGGCACGGACGGAAGAGAAGCCGGUGCCCGCUGCUCCUGUGCCCAGCCCAGCGGCUCCGGCACCAGCGCCAUCCAGGAGAAACCCGCCCCCGGCGGCAAGCCUGGUCUUGGGUUAA